GCUGUCAACGAGCCGAGCAAGUGUGGUCGUUGUGUUGUUGUAGAUUGAUUUCAUCAGUUUCUGCGCUGCUGCUGGGAGAUUUCAUUAAAUAAAAUAGUUAAUACUACCCCCCGGCCAUAGCACAGGAUGGCAGAUCCCGAAGCAGUGAACGGAGUCGACGAUGCAACCGACAAAAAACAGAAAAAGUCUUCUAAACACGAUGGCGGUGCGGCUGAUUUGGAACGUGUGACGGACUACGCCGAGGAAAAGGAAAUCACCUCACACAAUCUGUGUUCUAACGCUGCCAACUUGUUCGAAGAUAAACGUAACAAAGAAAAUGAGGAAAAGCUGGCCAUGGAACGGGAACUGCAGAAAGUUCACGUGAAAAAGGAGGACAUUGAACUGAUUAUUCGCGAAAUGGAGAUUACCCGCAGCAAAGCCGAGCAGACGCUGCGUGUUCAUCGGGGCGAUGUGGUAGCAGCGUUGGAAGCACUCACAAACUGAAUGCCACCCAGUGUUUCCACCAGUGUUUCCACCGGUGUUUCCACCAGUGUUUCUUGCGCGACGUAAAGUGACAUGGAGAAACUGUGAAAUGUGAAAUAAAACGACCACGGAGCUGUUAGAGCCGUCGAGGGAAGCCAGAUGGCUUCCUUUUAUAA